AUGGUCAAUCGUGUGUACGAAAGAAGAGCAGCCCAUAACAACGAUGCUCGAUUCGCCUCUCAUCCAGUCUGGAGUCUAGGUAAAUGGGUCUAUUAUCGACUGUUUGCCCGUAUCUAUGGGUUCUGCGGGUCCUUUGCUCAAGUGGUGAUUGUGAAUUCCACUUGGACCAAGGGACAUAUCGAUCAAUUAUGGCAUACAAAAUCUGAGAUUGUCUAUCCACCUUGCGAUACAGAACGAUUGAAUAGCUUGCCACUGAAAGGCCGUCAACCUAUCAUUGUGAGUGUAGCUCAAUUCAGACCUGAAAAAGACCAUGCACUUCAACUCAAGUCACUAGCCGCCUUGUUCAAGAAAUAUCCUGUUUGGAGAACACGGGGUGUUGAACUUGUCUUGAUUGGUAGUUGUCGAAAUCAAGGAGAUCAAGAUCGAAUUGACCGUCUUCGUCAAGAAGCGAUCGAUUUGGGGAUUCAAGAUGUGGUUCGAUUUGAAAUCAAUGCUUCGUAUGAUGUCCUUGUGUCUACGUUAGGUACGGCCAAGAUUGGUAUUCAUACCAUGUGGAAUGAACAUUUCGGUAUUGGUGUUGUGGAAUACAUGGCUGCAGGAUUGAUCCCUGUGGCUCAUAACUCAGGUGGACCUAAACUCGACAUUGUGACAGAGUAUGAUGGUCAACCCACAGGUUAUUUAGCUGAUUCGCCAGACACGUUUGCCGAUUGUUUAAAUGCAGCCUUGGAAACCCAUGAUGAUGCCAUGGCUGCUAAUGCAAGAGCAUCUGCUUGUGAUAAAUUCUCUGAAGAAACCUUUAGUUCUGAUCUACUAUGUUGUCUUAGACCAUGCUUGACAUAG